CCGUCUUCUAGGUUACAUCUCACCAUCAUCAGCUCUGCAGCGCAGUUGUCAACCUCCGUCUGCCUCUUGUCUGUAGCGUCCAACAACUUUUCCAUUUUCUAUUUUGUGUUUUAUUUGCCUCAUUUGCGCCGUUUGUUUCGUCAUUUCCAAUCAUGAUCAGAGCGCGUUGUAAGAAGCGGGUUACAAACCAGCAGCAUCAAGCAGGCCCCGAGUGUUGAACAGACAGAGAAGUCGGCGCAGGAUGUGUUGACAUCUCCUCGUUGUUCCUCCAGUUCUCCUCUCUGAAAUGGAGCUCUCUUUGCAGGGCUCCUCUUCAAACGCAUCCAAACUGUUCCACGACUACAGCAUGCCCCUAAAUAUCACUGGGAAUUACACCAACGACCAAUUCACUGAAGCCAACCUCUUUCAUAUCCUGGGUCCAAAACGAUCUCCCUUCUUCCUCCCCGUGACCACUGUUUACCUUCUCAUCUUCCUCACCGGCCUGUCUGGGAAUCUGCUCACAUGUGCGGUGAUAGCCAAGAACAAGAAGAUGCGAAACCCCACCAACCUCUACCUGGUGAGCCUGGCGGUGUCGGACCUCCUGAUGCUGUUGUUCGGGAUGCCUCUGGAGAUCUACGACCUGUGGCAGAACUACCCGUUCCCUUUUGGCGAGGGCGGCUGCUACUUCAAGACCUUCCUUUUCGAGACGGUCUGCUUCGCCUCAAUCCUCAACGUCACAGCGCUGAGCGUGGAGAGGUAUAUAGCUGUGGUGCACCCACUCAAAACACGAUACCUGUCGACUAACCAGCACGCCAAGCGGGUCAUCACCAUCUUGUGGAUGGUGGCGAUGAUCUGUGCUAUCCCCAACACCUCCCUGCACGGCAUCUUCUACCUGCCAGAGAGAAUGGAGGAGUCGGCCAUAUGCACCGUGCUGAAGCCCCUGUGGAUCUACAACAUGGUCAUGCAGAUCACCACUGUGUGCUUCUAUUUCGUGCCCAUGAUGAUGAUUAGCAUGCUGUACCUGGUGAUGGGUCUUCAUCUGUGCAGAGAAAGGCGGCAGCCCAGCGGCAACCUGGGAAAGACCGGUCAAAGGAAGAUCAGUGCGAAUGGGCGCAGGAGACAGAUCAACAAGAUGCUCUCGAUCGUUGUGGCGGUGUUUGGAAUCUGCUGGGCACCCUUUCACAUCGACAGGCUCCUGUGGAGUUCCAUUAGCCAGUGGACUGAUUUGAUGCACAACAUCUAUCAAUACGUCCACAUCCUGUCGGGAGUCUUCUUCUACCUCAGCUCAGCAGUCAACCCCAUCAUCUACAGCCUGCUCUCUACACGGUUCAGGGAAGGCUUCCGAGAACUCGUUUGCUCCCAGACGGAGGAUAACAGCUCUGUCAGAGACUCACCGCCAUUCCCUAGGAUUUUACUCGAACCCUCUGUGUCAAGUGCCAGAGCUCAGGCUGAGAGUAAGGACUCCAAUGCUUUUAUUCCCUUGUUGACUCCUAACAUGACACUGAGCAUGGACACUGUAAUCCUCACACGUGCAUGUAAAGAGACAGCCUGCAAGACUUCUGUGUUCUAACUGAGACUUGAUUUAAAUAAGCUAACAAGCAAGAGCAAUGAGAAGAUCGAUACUAGUCUCAUAUCUGUUAAAUAUGAAGCUUAGCUUAGUAUAAAUACUGGAAAAGGGGAAGCGGCUAACCUGGCUCCCAAGGUAGCCACCAAUCAGCAGGUCUCACAUUACCAUGUUACUGCGUAUGUCAUUUGUUCAAUCUGUAAAAGAAACCAAAAAAGAACACCAGUUUAAAGACACAGUCAAAUGAAAAAUACAUUUUCCAAGUUGUAAUACUGUGUCCUUUUGUAAAUUAUUCAUUAUCUUUUCUUACAUGCUAAACACAAAAUAUAUAUAAAAAAGAAAAGAAAAAAAGCAUUUUUUACAACAACCUCCCUCUCUUCCUGCAAAACGUAAAAUUAUUUUGAAUGACUCAUCUUGAACUUGGAAAGAGUAACAUGAAUUAAUCAAAUGUGUUUUUGUUUGACUACCUAACCCCUCUAAUCAUAAUACACGUAUCACUAUAUGCAUAUCACUCUUGGAACUAAAUAGCAUAUCCUGUUUAAAACGUCACAUUACUGAAGCUACGGCCAGUCUAACUUCCGUUUCCUUUAAAAACAAGUUGUGGUUUUAGGGGACCAAGAAAGAUGUUUUUACACUUAGGCUUGGUACAGAUUAAACAAAGAGAUAUACGUUAAUUACUGAGAUUUAAAGGUGCAAAUAAUUGUUUUUUUUAACCUUCAGACAGAGCCAGGCAAGCUGUUCCUCCUUGUCUCCAGUCUUUAUGCUAAGCUAAGAUAACCGUCUGCUAGCUCCAGUGGUAUUGAUCUUCUAGUUUAACUCUUGGCGAGAAACUAAAAGAAUGUCAAAUUGUUCCUUUAAACAUAUUACUGUACAUGUGUUUAAAGAGCUUACAUGUAUAUGAACUUUGAUUUGAUUUUGUUUGUUACAGUGGAUAAUACUGUUUAACAGUGCCUGCAUAUUCCACCUGCUGUCUUAUUCUGUAUCUGCUGUAUGCCUUAGAGGUUGAAUCCAAAGGGAAAGUAGGAUCAAAUCUGAUACGAAUGAUAACAUGAUGCACUUGAUUAUUUUUGUUCUCAUUCGGAAAUUGAUGUGUGUUGCUGGGCAGCAAAGAAAAAAAGAAAACAAAAAAGGUAAAAUACUUUUCCGUGUUUCAGUGGUACUUGUGAACAAAGAAUGUAGCCAAAUGCUUUGCUGUGAGCUUUUCCUAAUCUGGUUUUGUCUCUUGUUGCACGGCCAGCCAUCGUGUACAUGAUUUGAUUGAUCGGUCAGCCCUCGUUCACUGUGAUUGCAGAGUUAAAAAGUGAUUAUGGCUAUUGUGCAAUGUCUGAUUUAAAAGAAAUAAAUGUUGAAGCUGUCCACACA